AUGGCAGGCUAUGUCGUGAAGCCGCGUCCCGCAAGAAAAAGAGAGAUGAUAUCAUUUACGGAGCGUUUCGCUGUGUCGAUGCAGUUUGUUUCUGCUGGCCAGCUCCUCCUCGUUUCCGGCAGUACGUGGUGCAUGGGACGAAGAAGAGGUAGUCGGGCUAAGCCUUUCUGUAUCAGCUGGAAUGGAUCAAUACUUUGUUUUCUGUGGUGCAUGGCCGCGUGGGCUCGGGAGGGAGAGGUUGCUGGGUUUUAUUUAGCGAGUGCAAAUGGUGUGCCGGACGUCGACGGGGUGGAGCACGCUGACGUCGACGGGGUGGAGCACGCUGUCAUUAUGGCAGAUCAGGAUGCAGACGGUUUUGUAGAUACGGACCAGCAAGCUGAACAGAUAGGAGCGACUGUACCGCAAUCAUCACCGAACGCACGAAGCAACGCCGAACCUUCAGAGACGUCUGCGCCGGCAGAUCAAUCGCCAAAGCAAGGUGUAUCUCCCCAGGCAUCUGUAGUCGGUGCGGGUGUUGGCUACCAUCGAAGGCAGCCGGAAGAGCAGGCGGCACCAUGCCCGAGAGGGAACUGCCCGUACCACAGAGACCAUGCAGAUGUAGUUGAAGAGGAGAGCGGCAUGCAGAAGAAGUCGGGGGUUAUCGCGCGAAGGAGACUAGCAUCAGACUGGUACUAUCUGGAUGACGAAACAACAACCAGCAAGGUUUUGCGUGGCAUUGGCUACGGCUGGAUGGCCUUUAUGCUCUACGCCAUUAUUCGGCACGGGAUGAGCAAUGAAUCCAGGGACGCGUACUACACCUACGAGGACGGUUAG